AUGCCCACCAAUCUUCCGCCGCCGCCGCACUCCGGCGACCCGCCGACAACCGUCACAAAUGCCUCGGCUUCGCCCGACGAUCAACAGAACGACGACCCGAUGCACUCGCCUUCGCCGAAGAAGAACACCAGAAAACGAGGGCGGCCGCCUGGAUCCACCGCAGCAACGCCGGCGUUCCUGCUUCUGCUGGGACGCGUUAACCAGCUGGAAAAAACGGUGACCAAGCUGGUGCAAUCCGCUGCCGCCAAAGAUGUGCUCAUUCAGGCACAAACGAAGACUAUCGAGGAACUGGAAAAGUCCGUCGCCAACCUUCUCUCCACCGCCGUCGCUCACAGCCCACCCGCCCCACCGUCCGCCGACUGUCGCCCGUCGUACGCCGCUGUCGCCGCCUGCUCUUCAUCCGUGGAAGCUGUUCGUGCACGUCUGGCGCUCGCGGAGAGUUGCCGUGCAAUGGAAAAGAAAUCAUUCCUGGCCGUCAUCGAAAACGUGCCGGACUGCAAGACUGAUGACCAACAAGAAAUCGAUAAGUCGUUUAUAAACUCUCUGCGCGCUCUCACCCCUGAACUUCCCGAGCCAAUCGAUAAUUUCCGUGUCAUUUGCCGCAAUUCCGAGAUUCCUUCCAGGCCGCUGAAAGUUAAAUUCGAGUCGAAAAGCUCCCGCGACCUUUUCAUCAUGAAUUUUUCCAAGGCCCUUGGGAAAUCGCCCAGCCGCUUUUCCGCGAAGCGCCCCAUUCGCUGUCGGCGCGACAUGACUCCCGAUGAGCUGACGCUUCUCCGUCAGGCCCGCCAAGAUGCCUACCAGCGAAACCUGAAAGCGGGCAGAAUCGAGUUCGCCGUUGUCCGUGACUUUGAUGUCAUCAAAUUGAAAACCCCGCGUGAUUUCCGUGUUUCCCCUUCAUCCGCCCCCGCCAGCUCACCCCAUGCCUAG